UCUAAACGUUGCCUUGCUGCAGCCUACGAUGUUCUAGAAUUAACACUGCGGACGCGUCUUAAGGGUAUCCGUCCUAAACACGAGACAACAUUAGUUAACCAAAAGCUCAGCCCUAUUGAAGAGCAGUCCCUUAUUCAGUGGAUCUUAGACCUUGACUGUCGCGGGUUUCCACCCCAGAUUAUUGACGUACGACGUAUGGCAGACGCGCUACUCGCUGGCCGCGGCCAAGAUCCUCCUCCCCCACCUAUUGGCAAGUGCUGGGUGUCACGCUUCAUCAACCGUCAGCCAGAGCUUCAGACAAAAUGGAAUAGGAAAUUCCACUCUCAGAGGGCACGCUGUGAAGAUCCUGUCAGGAUUAGCGCGUGGUUCAGGCUGGUAGAGGAGACACGCCUCACAUAUAGGAUACCUGAUGAGGACGUCUACAACUUUGAUAAGACUGGGUUCAUGAUGGGGGUGGCUUCAACGUCAAAGGUAGUCACCAGCUCUGACACAGUUGGUCGCGCUACUGUUGUUCAGCCAGGCAAUCGCGAGUGGGUGACGACAAUUGAGUGUGUCAACGCGUCAGGUUGGUCUAUCCCACCCUUCUUGAUACUAGCAGGGAAGCUCCACCAGGCCAGCUGGUAUCAAGACCUCCCACCUGACUGGACUGUUGCUGUUAGUGACAACGGCUGGACAACAGAUGAGCUAGGCCUUGACUGGGUGAAGCACUUCAACAGGCACACACAGACUCGCUCAUCAGGUGCUCGUCGGCUACUCAUCCUUGAUGGCCACAGCAGCCAUGCUACACCUGAGUUUGAUCAGUACUGUGCAGACAACCUAAUCAUCACUCUCUGUAUGCCUCCUCACACCUCACACCUCCUCCAGCCACUUGACGUUGGCUGCUACUCUCCUCUUAAGGUGCUGUACGGACAUGAGGUGUCUGAGCUUGCCCGCCAGAGCAUCUUCGAUGUUGACAAGCUUGACUUCCUAUGGAUGUACCUGAGGAUUAGACCAACUGCUCUAUCAGAGAGCAAUAUCAAGGCUGGGUUUCAAGCUACAGGGCUUAUCCCAUUCAAUCCAGAGCGUGUCCUAACGUGCCUUACUGUAGUUAGGACACCAUCACCACCAGGGACAACAGCAGCAGAUAGAGCGCCAUGGACAGCAGAGACACCACGUACAGUUGACCAGCUUCAGCAGCAAGCUCGCCUUGUUCAAGAUCUCCUUAAGCGUCAAUCACAAAGCCCAACUAGUCAAGCUAUCUCUCAGCUUGUGAAAGGCUGUCAGCUCGCAAUGCAAUCCGCAACAAUCCUAGCUCAAGAGAAUACAAAGCUACGUGCUUCAAACCAACGCCAGCAACGUAAGCGUCAAAGGCGUAGACAAUAUAUAGCACGGGGAGGAGCUCUACAGGUUGAGCAAGCUCAAUUACUAGUCUUACAGGCUGACAAUGUGGUUGAAGAGGAGGUCCAGGCUGAUGCUGCCCCGCGACGUCAGCGAGCACCACCAACGUGUAGCAAAUGCCACGUGCAAGGCCACAAUAGGACUCAAUGUAGA